AUGCGCAACAUUUCGUCCGGGUCGGGUGUUCCGACGAACGCCGGUCGGUCCGGUCUGGGUGGGGCCGGUUCUGGUGGGGCCGCUUUGGGUGCCGCUCCGGCUCGACUUGCCCCUUCGGGAAACCCACUCCCCGUCCGCGCUCGCCCUCCCGGCUCUGUUGCUGCCCGUGCAGCCACUACUGCUCCCAUCACCGGAGCCCCGACCACUUCUGCCGCUGCGCCCAACCCCCGCCGCCCCGAGUUCCCCCCAUGGACAGACCCUCUCGAGCGAGGGUGGACCGAGAUCAUGGGCUUCAUCACGAAGCUGAAGCGGCACGCCCGGGGCGGAAUCGCCGACGAAGAGAUUGCGAGACUGCAGGGGCAUGUCUGCUCGUUUUUGUGGCACCUCGAGUUUGGCCUGGGCGAUGUGAGCCCGACGCUCAAGGGCUACCCCAACCGCGUCGACGACGCGCUGCGUGCUCUCACCAAGGAGGAGCACAGCAACUACAUGCCGUCGUCGGUGUCACGGUGGGCGGCCGCCAUAUACGCAAAGUUCGAGCGCGACAACUGGGUCGUAGGCAACCCCACCACCAGCACCAACAACGCCAACGACGGCGCCGAGCCCAAGAGCGACGACGAUACCAGCAGCGCCGACGGCACAGAAGAGGAGGAUAAUGACAAUGCCGCCCCGGCCCAGGCCCAGGCCCCAGCCCCGACCCCUGCUCCCAUUAUCGCCGCCGCCGCCUCCACCAGUCCCGCGCUCCGCCUCCCCCCUCCCAGCCACCCCAUCUGGGGCACCGCGGGCGUCAUGCACGGCGUCUGCCUCAAGCUGCGGCCCAACGGCCGCUCCUACAUCCUCGAUCCACGCUACGCGCAGCAGAAGCGGGACGCCGCCGUGUUCGGCCACAACGGCCUCACCCCGGGCGCCUGGUGGCCGCUGCAGAUCGCGGCCUACUUCCACGGCGCGCACGGCUCGCACAUCAAGGGCAUCUUCGGCACGGCGCACGACGGCGCCUAUUCCAUCGUGGUCUCGGGCGCGGCGGCAGCCUACCACGGACACAACCGGGACCGGGACGGGGGCACGACGCUGUACUACAGCGCCGACAGCCCCGAGCGCAACGACGUGGCCGCGCCGAGCGCCGAGACGCGGGCGCUGCUGCGCUCGCAGGCGACCCGCUCCCCCGUGCGCGUGCUGCGCAGCGCGGGCCGCCACAACCGCGCCUGGGCCCCCGCGGUCGGCAUCCGCUACGACGGCCUGUACGUCGUCGCGGGCCGCGCCAUGACCCCCAACGGCCGCGGCGGCCAUUUCUGGAAGUUUGAGCUGCGCCGUGUGGCGGGGCAGCUCCUCGACCUCGAUCAGAUCCGUGCUUCGGUGCCCACGAGGAGCCAGAGGAUUGCCGAGGGGCGGGUGCGGGACGGGUACUGA